AUGCAAAUUCGUUAACCAACACGAUACCCUGUAGUACCUCAAUUCUAAAAUCUGAACUAAUAUGGCCCUUUUGUCUCACCAACACAACGCACAUCUCAAAUACAAAGAAUUGGUACUCCAAAUACAUUACGCUUUGACUACCAGAGAUCAAGAAACACUUAAUCUAUGCAACAGUAUCCUGUUAUGAAGCAAACUCCGGUGGUCACUCCAUAAAAGGCUGCCACAAAAAAAGCGCAUAUUAAAAUGCCUCAAUCGGGACAAACGGUUUCGCAGCCUCAGACACCUUCCUAUGAUCCUGCCCUUAUGGUUGGGCUGAUCAAGGAAAAUCAGGAAAUUAAAGCAAAAAUUGCCUAGAAAGAGAAAAAUUGCUUUGUAUGA